AUGACCAAUAGCGAUGAAGUUAUCGAUGAAAAUGGUCACACCGACAUUGAUGAAGACGAUGAUGCGGCAAGACAGCAGAUCACAGAGAUUAUAUCUUUUCUUAGAUACCUAGAUGAUACUCCAAGCAAUAAAGAUGAAAACACGAAGCGGCUCAAUGAGCUGCUCCAGGACUUGCCACCGAACGGGAUUAACGUUCAUACGGAUGAUUUCUUGCGACAAACUAUCCUGCACGUCGCUGUUCUGGAAGGCCUUGAAUGGGCGGUCAAAGCUCUUCUCGACAAGGAGGUCGACGUCAACGCAACUGAGUACGAAGGGUGGUCUCCCCUACAUUGA